AUGCAACAACACGAAGACUUGUUAUUGAAACUUGUUAGGUUUGAGUCAAAGAUAACUGGAAGACAUGGUAUUGGUGCAUUGGUGGACAAUGGUCGAGUACUUGUUGACUUGACCACAGACAACAGUCCAAUCAAAAAUGACAUGCGAUCAAUAUUGGCCAAUGGCAAACAAUCAAUGAAGCAAGCUUGUGAUAUCAUUGCAACUGGAAAGGGUAGGAUCAGUGUGGAUGAGGUCAAGAUACUGGCACCAAUCAUUGAUCCGCCAAAGGUCAUUGGCGUUGGAUUGAAUUAUAAGGACCAUGCAUUGGAAGCCAAGAUGGCAGCACCAUCAGAACCAGUGAUCUUUACAAAGUUCUCAAGCUCAAUAGUUGGCCCCAAUGCCAACAUAAUCAAACCAAAGACAUCGGAUGAGGUCGACUAUGAGGUCGAGUUGGUCAUCGUGAUUGGUCGUGAGGGUCGUUCAAUUCCAGAGUCGGAGGCGCUCGACUAUGUGGCUGGCUAUACUAUUGGCAAUGAUGUGAGUGCUCGCGAUUGGCAACUGCGCAAGCCAGGCUCACAAUGGUCGCUGGGCAAAUCAUUCGACACGUUCAGUCCGAUCGGUCCAUCGAUCGUCAUCAACCCAUCGUGGGCACACUUGGGCGAUGUCCAUACUGCACCAGUGCUCGAUCCCAACAACCUUGGCAUCAACCUAACACUCAAUGGCAAGGUGAUGCAGAACUCCAACACAAAGGAGUUCAUAUUCCCCGUGCAACAGGUCGUCUCAUACCUCAGCCAAGUGUUCACACUGACACCUGGCGACAUCAUAUUCACCGGCACACCAGCGGGCGUUGGCUUCACUCGCAGUCCACCCAUAUUCCUCCAGCCAGGCGACCACGUCACCUGUUCCAUCGAACACCUCGGCUCGCUAUCCAAUAAAGUUGUCUAA